AUGCUGUAUAGCGUCUCGGUCCUCUGCGCCGUCGCCUUUAUCGUCGCUUCCGCAGGCAAUUGCCCGUCAGGAUCGUUCGACUACAGCGAUGGCCGUGAAUGUCUCGUUGGCAUCAAUGCUGACGCCGAAUACUCAGUGGCGCUUCAGACGUGCAAAUUGAUCGAUGGCCGCCUCGUCCAGCCGAAAAACGCCCUCGAGAAUGCGAUGGCUGGUUUUGAAAAUAUUCAAACCCUUAAGGGCCAGGCGGGCUACAUCGGCGUCGCACGGGUUAAUGGCACUUGGGGAUACGCGGACGGAACCUCGCUGGCAUACCAGAAUUGGAAGAACGGAACCGGCUCUGUCGGCCAAGAUUGUGCGGGAUUCCGCGGUAGCGACCUCAGCUGGUACCCAGUCGCCUGCAGCACCAGACAGCCCUUCAUCUGCUCUUUCUCUUAUCCGCUGGUGAACAACAACUGCCCCGCCGGCUGGAGCUUCUACCAGGCCACCGGGUACUGCUACUACGCGCCGGCAUGGAACUUCGCAGAUCCUGACAGCUACACGAUUGAUCAGGGCGAAUCGAUGUGCCGCGGUAUGGGAGGAAACCUCGUGUCGAUUCACAGCAACCUGGAGAAUCGCUUCGUCUUUAACCUGAUCGCUUCGAUCUCAAACGAUCCGCUGUGCUAUGAUAGUCGUUACUGGUAUGGCUCGAGCCAGGACGCCGGAUAUGCUGGCUAUAUCUGCAAAAAGAAGCCCGCCACCAUCGUCGCCGGACCGCCACUCGAGGAAAAACUGGCCAAACUCCAAAAAUUGGCGACCCUGGCCCGGCUGAACAAAAUGCCAUUCGUGCCGCCAACUUCGCUU